AUGCGACUUGUCGCACUUGUCAUCGGCAUGAAGUGGUUUCUCCUCCUAUCGGCAUGUGUCCUUCCCGUUCCGGCGGCCGAGGGACCAGACAUUGAGUGGUACAAGUGGGGGUUGCCGAAGGAGAGAGACAUGGAAGACAUGAAAGGAGACAUGGAAGGCAUGGUAGUUGGAGACAUGGAAGGAGACAUGGAAGGAGACAUGGAAGCAAGAGACAUGGAAGCAAUAGGCGUGGAAGCAAUAGACAUGGAAGAUGCCAGCGCUAUAAGCAUAGCAAGCCGAGAGGCAAGCAUCAGCACGGAAGCGACAGAAACGACCACCGCCUCCACCGGCCCAAAAGAGCGCGGAGCUGAACCAGAACAGGAGUCAGAACAGCCUGAGCCAGAAGCUGAAUCAGAAGCUGAACCUGAACCAGAAUCUAACCGGCCCGAAUCCUUCCUCGCCGAACAUGUAUCCGCUGAACCGUCUUUCGCCGCCGAAUCUGGUUCUUUCUCCUCGGCCGCCUUCACGCCCGCGCACCUCCGGUCGCUCCGCGCGCGCGCCGGCGCGCUUUUCGCCCACGGCUGGCGCGCGUACCGCACCGUUUUCCCCGCCGACGAGGUGCGCCCGCUCUCGUGCCGCGCGCUCGGCCCCGACCGCACCGACGCCUUCAACUUGCGCAACGACGCCAUGGGCAACGUGGCGCUGACGGCGCUCGACAACCUCGACACGCUCAUUCUCAUGCGCCAGUGGCACGAGUUGGCGUUCGUGUUGCGCCACCUUGAAAAGCACCAGCACCACUACUUUGCCCAGAACGCCACGGUGCAGGUGUUUGAAGCGGCCAUCCGCUGGCUCGGCGGGCUUCUUCUGGCGCACCUUCUCUUGCUGGAAAUCCCGCAAGUCCAGGCGGUUUUCCCCGCCUACGACGGCUUUUUGUUGCACAUGGCCCACGACCUCGGGCGCCGCCUCUUGCCCGCCUACAACACGCCGUCGGGCAUCCCGCUCGCGCGCAUCAACCUUGCCGGCCACGCGGUGCCGCCGGCGCUCAACGCCGAAACGUGCACGGCCGGCGCCGCCACGCCCGUGCUCGAAAUGACGUUGCUUCUGCGGCUCACGGGCGACGGGCGCUUCGAGCGGCAUGCGGCGCGCGCCUUCUGGGCGCUCUGGCGCGCGCGCCUGCGCGCCGGCCUUGUUCCGCUGGCGGUCGACCCGCACCGCGGCGCGUGGUUGAAUGCGGCCACGGGCGUGGGCGCGCUGGUGGACUCGUUCUACGAGCACGCGUUGAAGGGCGCCAUUGUGUUUGGCGACGCGCGCCUCAUGGACGUGUUUGUGCGCUCGUACGAGGCGCUUUCGGCGCAUCUGGCGCAGUCUGUGUCGGGCGCCGCCGCGUACUUUGCGCUCGCCGACACGGGGCUGGGCGCGGUGGCGGCGCCGUGGAUCGACCUGUUGGGCGCGUUCUGGCCCGGCUUGCAGGUGUUGGCCGGGCGGCUCUCGGACGCGGUGGCGUCGCAUGUGGUGUACAUGAAGAUCUGGAACACGUUCGACGUGCUUCCCGAGCGGUGGAUCUUUGCCGCGCCGCCCACAGGCCGUCUGGGCCAGCCGGGCCAGCAGGGCCGCCUGGUCGAGCCCGUCCGUCUGGUCCAGCUGGCGGUGCCGCUCGAGUGGUACCCGUUGCGGCCCGAGCUCAUCGAGUCGACGUACUACUUGUACCGGGCCACGCGCGACGCCAUGUAUCUCGAGAUGGGCGUGCGGUUUUUGGAGGCGUUCGAGACGCGGUUCAAGGACCGCUGCGGCUUUGCAGGCGUCCAGGACGUGCGGACGGGCGAGCGCCAGGACCGCAUGGAGACGUUUGUGUUGGGCGAGCUGCUCAAGUACCUCGCGCUUCUUUUCGACGAGGCCACUUUUCUCCACACGGGCAUGCCGGGCAACUGGGUGUUUUCGACCGAGGCGCACCCGCUCUGGUACACGCCGGGUCUCGGGCGGCGGCACGCGGCGCGGUUUAAGAGAAAGAGGGCAAGGCGGGAGAUUAAGAAGACAAAGCGGCAAGAGGGGAAGAGUGGGAAGAUGAACGACAUCGAGAAGAUGAAGAUGGAUGACGUUGACACUGAAUACACUGAUGACAUUGAAUACAUUGAUGACAUCGAAUACACUGAUGACAUCGAAUACAUUGGCAGUGACGACAACAGCGUCUUCUCCAGCUUGUGGGCGCGGCUCCGCCUGAAAGACGCAGACGGCAUUGAGCCCGCCGCGCCGCGCCUUCCCUUCGGCCCCGGCAUCCCGCCCGUGGCGUCGUUGCUCGACUCGUGCGAGGUGCGCCCGCAACAGUUCCGCCCGCACCGCGGCCCGCUCGCCUCCUCCGCCUACACACGGUGGCCGCAUCUUUUCCUCGCCGACGCGCGCUUCCGCCCCACGCUUGUGCGGCCCGACUACUUGGGCCCGCAGCGCUCGUUCGAGUUGGGCGCGUCGUUUCUCGCCACCCAUGCGCUAGGCCUGCCGCUCCAAUGUGCGCGCGAGCCCACGUCGCUGGAGCUCGAUGUCAUUUUGGACACGCUCCGCCGCCCGGAAGACUACGCCAUGUAUGUGGUGCGGCGGCCGCGGCCCGACCACGCGUUUGCCAAGGGCGACUAUGUGAUGCCGCAGCUCAGCGGGCGCCUUUUGCUCGAGUGCGUUUCGGCCGGCUCCGUGGACUGGGCCAACCGCCGCGUGUCGCGCGCCUUUGUCCGCGCGCGCCGCCCUGAAAUGUGGGCCAGCGCUUCGGCCGAGGUGUGCCGUGUUGCCAAGCUCAACGGCGUGGCGGUGGCUCGCAAUGCGACCGUGUGGAUGGAGCGCCGCCAUGCAGAAACCCAGUCGGGCGUCUUCACCGUCGCAUGCAACGGGCGCAUUUUCAUCGAGGGCAAGUAUCUUGAUAACGUCCGUGUGUACUGA